AUGGCAGACCUUGAUUUUGAGGCCGUAGAGCAGCUGAUGGAGAAGGGGGAUCCCAACAGCGACGGCUCCCCGGCUGGCGGCGAGGGAUCUCCCGUCAGCAAUGGGGCCGCUAGAUCGAACGACGGGGGGGUGUUCCGGCGUGCAGCAGAUUCGGAGGAGCCCUCGGAGAGGCGCAGUGGGCGCGCUGGGAGGAGGGAGAGGAGUCUCGAGGAGGUCAGGCGUAGACGCGAUGGCAGCCAUGAAGGAGGAUCGCGGAAAGGAGGCGUGCGUGACGAGAGUCCAGAUGGCCGCAAGGAUCAAGGAGGCAGUCCUGGCUUCCCCCGUCGUGAGGGGUCAGAGGGGCGUAAAGGGGGAGGCGGACGAGCUCCAAGUCUAGAUCACAGAAAGCGGAUGGGAGGCCGCAGUGGUGGCGGCGGCAGUCCUGAGGUGUAUCGUGAGAGUCGUCGUUCGCCUUCCCCCCGCCGCAACGGAGGCUGGCGUGAGGGGCCCUGGGGAAGGGGCCCCCCGGGGCGGGAUAUGCGCGCUCGCGGGCAUGGCUCGUUUCGUCGUGGCUUCGGCGAUGACUACGGGAGGCACCGGGGGGGAGGAGACUUCAGGCGGAGAGACAGAGACUGGUGGCCUCCUGGUAAUCGUCGCAGCCGCAGUCGCGACAGAAUUCGUCGAGGCGAACCCCGUUCUCCUUCUCCCGUAGGAGGGCGUGGUGGCGCUGCCGGGGGGGCCCAGGUAGGGGGAGGUGGUGGUGGGGUUGGGGGGGGCCAGCAGGGGGGCCCUCCAGGCGAAGGCGCUCCAGUAGCCACGCGCUUGAGCGCCCGUGAGGAGCUGCUUCGCCGGCAGCGAGAGGAGGAACUGCGGCGUAAGGAAGUGGAAGAGGCCCGUCGCGACGACCUCACCGUGCUUGUUUUGAACUUGUCGCUCAAGGCUGACGAACGCCACAUCUACGAAUUCUUCUCGGCGAAUGCAGGCAAAAUUCGGGAUAUCCAACAGAUAAGAGACCAACGCUCCGGCGUCUCGAAGGGCGUGGCUUACGUCGAGUUCUACACGCAGGAGGCGGUCAUCAAGGCGAUGGCACUUAACGGGAUUUCUUUCAAAGGCCAGCCUUUGCGGGUUCAGGCUUCCAUGGCGGAGAAAAAUAGGGCUGCUCGUGCAGCGAAGUGUCCUACAGCUCCUGCUCCAGACGCCGCGUCGCUACAGAUACCCAUGCGGGUGUAUGUGGGGGGCCUUGUAGGUGCCCUCUCGACGCUGACGCGAGACGAUCUGCAUGCGCUCUUCUCGCCCUUCGGAUCUAUUCAGGAGAUUACCAUCCCUACGGAUCCCAACACGGGAGACCCCGUCGGCUUCGCCUUCGUCAUGUUUGCCGCCACAGGCGAUGCCCACGACGCGAUGCAGCAAAUGCAUCAGUUUAAGCUCGCUGGACAGGAGCUGCGGGUGGGGUAUGCGGCCGACGGAGUGAGGCUUUCGGGAUCGCUCCCCGAGGGAGCUCCAGCCACCCCUCCGGGAGCUGUAACGGCGGGAGCAGGAGGGGCCCCCGGGGCCGGGGGGGGGGGCCCCGGGGUCCCUGCGCACGUCGUGGCUGCCACGCAAGUCUCGUACGAGGCACAGCUGGCGAAGCAGUUGGCAGAGAAGGCGGCGAGCUUAAUGAGGCAGCAGCAGCCGCAACUGCAGGAGAGCAACCCGCAGCAACAGGAAGGCGAUGACGACGGUGGUAUCGAUGACGACGAUAUCGGAUACAUCCAUGACCCCUCACGAAAACAGGCUCUCAUGCAAAAACUCAUGGACAGAUCUGCUGCGGCGCUGGGGAACCCGGGAGGCACGGGGGCACCCCCAACGGCCUCCAUGGCUGGCGAUGUUCCCCCACAGCAGCAGCAGGCGUCACCAUCUACUGACAAGCAGCAAUUCUUGAGGAGCUCCAGCGGCCCCCGCGUUGGCGGUUUGGCUCCAGGCGUUAUAACAUCCAAUCUUAUGCUCCGUGGGAUGUUUAGCCCAAGUGCUGCAGAAGACGAGUACUACUUUGACGAUAUCAGAGAUGAUGUCAAGGAGGAAUGCGGGAAGCAUGGGACUGUGGUGCAAGUCUCCUUGAGCGAGAAGGAUGAGGAGGGGCGUGUCUUCAUCAAAUUCACUGCGCCCUCUGUCGCCUUGGCUGCGCAACAGGCCCUUAACGGACGCUUCUUCGGCGGCCGUCAAAUUCACGCGGAGUUCGCUACCGAUGCUAUGAUCACAGCAGUCUGCAGUGGCAGCAGCAAGGACGGCGGUAGCGGCUGA